AUGCGCAAAUACUGUAAAGACUGCAAAGUUAUCCCGGGAGAGCCGCUUACGACACAACAUCGCUUACUAGUAACAUGUCUGCAAUAUCCUGCUGGUAACCUAAGGAAAAGAACAAGACCAACGCCGCGUGUCAAGUGGCAUAACUUGGACAAACCACAAGGUGACGAAGUUCGGAUAGCAGUUGAGACUUACCUAAAAUCGCCAGAUAGUAUAGGAAGCGACCCUAAUGAAACCUGGAACAAUCUACACGAGCGGGUUUUGAAAUCUGCUAAACAACAUCUUGGCAUUACCAGGGGCAAACCACUGACGACUAAAGAAACUGGCUGGUGGAACGAUGAGGUAAAGUCGAAACUUAAGGAAAAGAAGGUGAAUUUUAAGACAUGGCAAAGCACUCAUACUGAAGAAGACCGUAAGAAAUAUGUGGAAAGUAAGACCCAGGCCAAAAAACUAGUGGCAUGUUCUAGGGCUUCAUUUCGAGAAGAUUUUUAUAAACGUUUGGAGAAUGCAACAAAUGAUAAAGAUAUUUUCAAAUUAUCCAAAUAUAGAAAUAGUCAAACUAAAGAUAUAAAAUCAAAUAAAUACAUAAAAGAUAAAGAUGGUAGACUUAUAACCAAAGAUAAAGAAAUAAACAUACGUUGGCAAGAAUACUAUUCCACCUUAUUGAACGAAGAGUUUCCACGAGAAAGGAUGUCAGAGUCCAUAAAUUACAUUGCUGGGCCAAUUGAGGCGAUAACACCCCAGGAGGUAAAAAAUGCUAUCACAAGAGCGAAAAACAAUAAAUCGAUGGGGCCAGAUGAAAUUCCGACAGAACUGUGGAAAAAACUUGGUGAUACAGGUGUAACCUGGCUGGCGAACUUCUUCACAACUAUUAUAGAAAGCGGUAGAAUGCCGAAUAUGUGGAGAAACAAGACCUUUGAUGACCUACAAGAUCAGUUGUCCCAGUGGUGCAACCGGCUCGAGAGUAAGGGAAUCAGAAUAAGCCGCAAGAAAACCGAGUACAUGUACUGCAAUCUCUCUGGCUCGUCUGUGGACAGACCAUCACCACUAGUAGAUAAUGUCCCCAUCAAUAAAGUUACCAAAUUCAAAUACCUUGGAUCGAUAAUAACAAGUGACUUGAACACCCAGGCAGACAUAGAAAACAGGAUCCAGGCAGGUUGGCAAAAAUGGAGAGCGUUAACAGGGGUGCUGUGUGAUGCUCGAAUGCCAAUCCAAGUGAAAGGUAACGUCUACAAAAGAGCUGUACGUCCGGCGCUUCUGUAUGGUGCAGAAUGCUGGCCAAUGCGUAAGGAGGAAGAGCACGUAAUGCACUGCACAGAAAUGCGCAUGCUCAGAUGGGCAGGAGGAGUGACGCUGAUGGACAGGGUCCGGAAUAACCAUAUCCGUGGAACGUUCAGGGUUGCACCUAUUGCCGAAAAAAUGUGCGAGAGCAGACUGCGCUGGUUCGGCCACGUGAUGCGAAGAGACGACCACCACAUGACUAAGAGAGCCCUAAAUGACAUUCCCGAAAUUAGAAGGGGCAGAGGCCGCCCCCCUACGACAUGGAUGAGCACAGUGUCGAAAGAUUUGAGGACGAUAGGCGCAAGCCCUGACAUGACGCAAAAUAGAGAAGAAUGGCGCAAAAUGAUACGGAGAGCCGACCCCAAACCCUAG